AGCCCUGUUCCAGCGCACACACGCAGCGCCAGCCUUGAGUCUGUUUCUACCCCCUUCCCGCCUGUUCACCACCACCAUGACCCCGGGCAUACGGGUUCCUCUCCUCCUGCUGCUACUUCUAGCAAGCCUAAAAGUCCGCAGUGGUGCCUCCUCCUCAGCCACCAGCCCUCCAGGGAACUCCUCCAGCACUGCAGUCCCCAGUGGUGCCUCCUCCUCAGCCACCAGCCCUCCAGGGGACUCCUCCAGCACUGCAGUCCCCAGUGGUGCCUCCUCCUCAGUCACCAGCCCUCCAGGGGACUCCUCCAGCACUGCAGUCCCCAGUGGUGCCUCUUCCUCAGCCACCAGCCCUCCAGCGGACUCCACCAGCACUGCAGUCCUCAGUGGUGCCUCACCCCCAGCCACCAGCCCUCCAGGGGACUCCUCCAGCACUGCAGUCCCCAGUGGUGCCUCUUCCUCAGCCACCAGCCAUCCAGUGGACUCCACCACCUCCCCAGUUCAUAGUAGCACCUCGCCCCCAGCCACCAGCCCUCCAGGGGACUCCACCAGCUCUGCAGUCCUCAGUGGUGACUCAGAUCCAGCCACCAGCCCUCCAGGGGACUCUUCCAGCACUGCAGUCCCCAAUGGUGCCUCCCCGGCCACCAGCCCUCCAGUGGACUCCACCACCUCCCCAGUUCAUAGUAGCACCUCGUCCCCAGCCACCAGCCCUCCAGGGGACUCCACCAGCACUGGAGUCACCAGUGGCACCUCUUCCUCAGCCACCAGCCCUCCAGGGGACUCCACCAGCACUGCAAUCCACAGUGGCACCUCGUCCCCAGCCACCAGCCCUAUAUUGGACUCCUCCAGCACUCCAGUUCACAGUGGUGCUUCCACCCAAACCACCAAGGCUGUAUCAGACUUAGCUAGCACUCCAACCCACAAUGGCAUCAUGGUCCCAACUACCAGGUCUGCAUUGAGCUCAGCCACCAGUCCAGCCCAUGAUACCUCUGCGGUGGCCACAACUCCAGUCCGCAAUGACACUCAGUCUUCAGUUCCAAGUCAGCAGCCCAUCUCUCCUACCAUCCCUGACAUCUCCAGCCACAGUACUAUUAGCAGCAGCUCUUACUACAGCACAGCGCUCUUCCCUACCUUCUCCAGUAACAGCUCACCCCAGUUGUCUGUUGGGGUCUCCUUCUUCUCGUUGUCUUUUUACAUUCAGAACCACCCAUUUAAUUCUUCCCUGGAAGACCCCAGCUCCCGCUACUACCAAGAACUGAAGAGGAACAUUUCCGGAUUGUUUCUGCAGGUUUUUAACGGAGACUUUCUGGGGGUCUCUACUAUCAAGUUCAGGUCAGGCUCGGUGGUGGUAGCAUCGACUAUGAUUUUCCGGGAGGGCACUUUCAGUGCCUCUGAAGUGAAGUCACAGCUCGUACAACAUAAGAAGGAGGCAGCUGACUAUAAUCUGACUAUCUCGGAAGUCAAUGUGAGUGAGAUGCAGUUCCCUUCCUCUGCCCAGUCUUGGCCUGGGGUACCAGGUUGGGGCAUUGCCCUGCUGGUACUGGUCUGUAUUUUGGUGGCUUUGGUCAUCGUCUAUCUCAUUGCCCUGGCAUUGUGCCAGUGCCGCAGAAAGAGCUAUGGACAGCUGGACCUCUUUCCAACCCGGGACACCUACCAUCCUAUGAGUGAAUAUCCUACCUACCACACUCACGGGCGCUAUGUGCCCCCUGCCAGUACCAAACGUAGCCCCUAUGAGGAGGUUUCGACAGGCAAUGGCAAUAGUGGUCUCUCUUACACCAACCCGGCUGUGGCAACCACUUCGGCCAACUUGUAGGAGCAAGUCACCCUACCCACUCGGGCAGCGGCAGUCGGCUCCGGCAGUCCACUCCCUCCGUGGUCACUGCCAGACCCCUGCACUCUGAUCUGGGCUGGUGAGCCAGGACUCCUGAUAGGCUGAUCACAGCCUUCCUCAGAGGCUUUGUCACCACGUUAGCCUGGUGAAGCCCAGCCCUGCCCUGAGGGACACUGGGGUAGUGGUGGUUCUCAGGACUGGACUAGAAAACCUGGAGAUGGGACCCAAACGUGGCUGAAUAAAAGAUGACUUCCUGUUAGUUAUGCCA